AUGUUAUAUUCCAAUGAAACAAAAAUCGAAUUCGAAGCAAAAUAUUUAAAUUGGCUUAGUAUGACAUUUAUUCGAUGUUAUUGUUUUUUAAUGAUUCCUCUUGCUAUUAUUGGUCAUUCAUUAAGUAUUUUUGUUUUUACUCGUCGUUCAUUACGAUCAAAUCCAUGUGUUAUGUAUCUUCGUGUUGCUACUAUUUUUGGACUUUUAAGUGCAUGUUUUAUAUUACCAAUGAGAUUGAUUCAAUCAGGAUAUAUUGGAUUAGAUCCUACUGUACAUUCAAUAUACAUAUGUAAAAUUGUUUGGUUUCUUUUAUACUCUAUUCGAUUAUUAUCUUUUUGGUUUGUUGUUCUGGCUUGUAUCGAUCGUUAUUUAUGUAGUUCUUCAUCGAUGCGUAAAAGAUCAUGGAGUAAUGCUCAUGUAGCUUCUCAAACUAUUCGUCUUACCCUUCUUAUUGGUUUUCUUAUAAAUAUUCAUAUUCUAAUAGGUUUUAAUAUUAAUAUUUCACCAAUGACAAAUCAACCUGUAUGUCAUAGUGGUGGUCGACCGGGAUUAUAUCGUAAAAUCUCGUCUCUUUUUAAUUUAAUUGUAUUUGGUUCAGUUCCAUCAUUAUGUAUGCUUUUCUUUGGAUCAUUAACUUUACGUCAAAUUGAUCGAAAAAAUGAUUUUCAAAUAGUAAUUGGUACAUAUACUAAAAAAGUACGAAAAAUAAGAAAAUCUGAAAGACAAUUAACUCGAAUGUUACUUGUUCAAGUAUUAAUUUAUAGUACAACAGGAUUAAUGUUUACUAUUGCAUUUAUAAUUCUAGCAAAAAAUUCCAAUCGACAAAAAACUAUUGUUGAUAUAGCAAAAGAAAAUUUAAUUAUCGCGAUUGUUGGAAUGUUAUCUAAUACUGGUCCUUGUUCAAGUUUCUAUUUAUUUACUUUAUCAAGUAAACGUUUUCGAAAAGAAUUAAAAAGACCUUUUCGACGAUUUGUUCAACGUCAAAUUCAAAUUCAAAUGAGUAAUUGUAAUUCAUGGGCCACUCCUAUAGAUUCUACUAUAAGAGAAUCAAAUAUACCGAAGAAUAUUUUAUAA